UGGCGGUUUUCACGGGUACUAAACUUGGACGAUGUCUAUCACAGUUUGGAAGCUCGGCAUUAACUGCAAAACCAAAUAAACUGCUACUGAAAAAUAUUUUGAAGCCUAGUGCGUGUAUGGUUCGGCAUUUAGCCUUCAAUUCGUUUCCCUGGAUACAAAGUAGCUCAGACAUUUACCCCUCAGACCCUUUUCAUAGCCGUAUAUUUGGAUCUGUCCAAUUUGCUGGUGAAAUGAUAGAAGCUUAUGAUUCAGAAAUACCGCCAAGUCGCACGGAUUUUGAGAGAUCAUUUAAAGACUGUAUCAUGAUAGUCAGCAACUUGAUCGGUCAGAUGGAUCCUGAACACAACCUGAGUGGUCUCUUAGGUUCCAGACUGGAUAGAUUUAUGAAAGAAGCACUUACAGCUGUCGUUGAACACAAUUGUAAGCUGCAUCUGGAGGUGUCAGAUGUGUCCGAUCUUGGCCUUGUAGGAAUUCGGGAAGUGCGAGGACCAUUGGAACCAAACAGCGAGUGCUAUCUAGUUAAAUCUGGCAAUGUACAAUUUUUUUUUUCUUCUGAUGACGAGAAAGAAUUAAAAGAAGCCGCAUUAUUUACGCCAGAUUUACUCAGAGUCAUAAGGCUUAUCUUAGAGGCAUUUGAACGUCAUCCUAGAAUCCAAUUGUUUCUCAAGUUUCAAGCAAAGGAAACAUUUUUUAUUACUGGACCUGAUGGGGAGAUAUUAAGUGGCUCUAGAAACUUAGUUUCAUCGUACCACAUGUGGAUGUUUGAAACUACGUUCCCAUUGUCGUGGAAAGUGGCAGAUAUCGACAAAUAUGUACACUGGAGAUCUCCUAAAUACAAGUCACCCUUCUCCCUCUUCACCGCAUUAAUUCAGAAAUAGCACCCAAAAAAAAGACUUAAAAAUCUCAAGUCUGCGAGUCAGGAAUCCUCAAUUUUUGAAAAUCUCUUCUGUUAUCAGGUUAAGGAUUUAAUAAAACUUCACUACACAUGAA